AUGUCAGAUAAAUUUUCCACCUCUUUUGGAAUAGCCGCACUGCUGGAACAGAACUUGGUCGAUCGAGCCUACUCUUCAACCUCAUCCUUCUCGUUUCCACAUCAAAAUCUCCCCGAGGCACCGAUAACACACGAAGAUAAUUAUUUGAACCCAUAUGCAAAACAAUGGUUUGAUCGUGGCGAGAACGCAGUGCACCUGAAUCACGUCGAUGUCGAUUUGGGCCUCGAACCGAGUGGUUGGACUAAUGCUCAAAGUGAAAAGAAAUAUUUGCCAAUGUGCCCCAAACACGCGUCGUCUCCGACAGGAUUCCGAACAAACGAAAGGUUGUCAGACGAAGAUGACGAGUUGAAUUCCGCUAAACCGAACAGCCGCGGCUCAUCCCAGAUUCAGUCCGAUAAACCGAGUGCCCUGACAAUCGUGCGAAAACAAACGAAAUGGGCGAAACAAAACAAACUUGUGUCAGCCGAGGUUUGUACUAUGAGCAAGUUGCACCGUGCGGCAAAAAAACAUAGACGAAAUCGUACGACGUUUACCACAUUUCAACUUCAUGAAUUGGAACGCGCAUUCGAACACAGUCACUAUCCGGAUGUAGUGUAUCGGGAAGAUUUGGCACACAAAAUACGUCUACCGGAGGUACGCGUUCAAGUUUGGUUUCAAAAUCGCCGUGCUAAAUGGCGGCGACAGGAAAGACAAGAGGCUGAUAUUCAUUCACGUAACCUGCAAGAAGCGUUACCGUUUCUGCGAAGAUCAACUCUGAUUCACAGUGAAGUUCCUCCGUUGCCUUUCGGCUUUGUUGACCGUUCGGUUGACUCGAUGGAACAUGAUGUGGAUGUGGAUGACACUCAGGAUAAUUCUGUUUCGACAUUCGCGAACAACAUUCAAAUUGUGGAUAAAGGACAAAAUAACUGCAGCGUUCCGUUAACCAAUGGUGAUGGGCAACUUCGAUCGGAUACCACCUCAUCAUCACUGCAACGGUCUGAAUGGUCAGCUUGGAAUUCGAUCGAUUACAAAUUUCCACAAAUGAUACCUUCAGUCAGUCAUUUCCCCCUUCACACUUCGUGGGGAUGUCCGUCGGCGAAUAUCAUUGAUAAUACAAUUUGUCAGUGA